AUGGAGGCAACUGCGACUUGGUCUACUUUGAGACAGCGGAGGAGGAGAUCAGCGCCUAAGUUCCCUGGCAGACCUCGUCAUAAUCUGACUCGUAGGCAAAGCCCUGCACCACCGCCCGCAAAGGAAGAGGAGGCAGAGGAAGCAGACGGGGAACAAGAGGCCGGCGGCAACCAAGAAGAGGAAGAGGAUGAGAACGAGGAGGCCAAGCCUAAUCAGCCCGCCGAUCAACAGAAGGAACAGGAAGAAGAGGAAGAGAAGGAGGAGGAGGAACCUGCAAACGGCGCAGCCAAAGAGGCCGAGAGCGACUCAGAAGCGGGCGGUCAAGCCGGCGCAGCAUCAUCAGCAAGCGACUCCGACGCACCACAACCGGGCGCGCCGGCCGGCCAGUCCUCGGACUCGAGCAGCGACUCAGAACAAGAGCAACCGCCGCCAGCGGUACCGCCGCCGCCAGGAGCAACUCCGGCCCCUCCUCCGAGUGUACAGCCGCCUCCAGCCGCACCAUCUCUCCCGCCUCCGGCAGCUCAAGGGUCUCCGAUCCCAUCGGCAGUCCUGAACCCGGUGUUGCCGGCAAGCUUGCCUCCCGCAAGAGGCUUCAUCACUCUUGUCCCCGGAGCGCCGCCUCCAUCUAACCCACCGCCUCAAGAAGCUCCUGCGCAACAACCGGCCCCGGCCGUGACACCGUCGAACCCUCCUGCUCGCCAACCGCAAAAUCCUCCGCCUGCCAGUCAGUCUUCGGCACCGCCAUCACCGCCUCCUCCACCCGCCGCCGAAACUACUCCUUCAAUGAAUCUGCCCCCACCGCCGGUCGAAAACGCGGCGUCUGGAACUCCACAGCCAGAACUUCUCCCACCAAGCUCGCAAGUCGAGGCUUCCAACGCGCCAUCAGCAUCAGCUGCGCCUGCUGAUGGCACAGACCGCGGAUUUGCCAUCGGAGUCUCCUUCGCCGUUGUCGCCAUCAUCGGACUGCUCAUAGGCGCAGUAAUCUUCGGCGUAAAGCGCUACAAGAGGAAGAAGAAGGUCGCUGCCGUAGCAACAAACAUGACACAAAAUACGUCACCAGGGGGUAACGGCUUCGUCGCACGCGAAUCAGCCAUCCUGCGUCAACCGAAGCGCAGCACCCGCGAGAUGGAGCGCGCCAUGGUCACAACCUUCAGACAGACCAAGAUUGCGAACCGGACCACCAAGGAGAUGGAAGAACAGAUGAUGGAGCAGUUCAAGACCGACAGAGCAUCAAAGAUGGAUGCUUCAUCCGCGAGACCUCUUCCGAACCCCCCAACAGCAAACGCGGCUCCGCCUCUUCCCAGCAUGCCCAGCAACAACGAUCCUAUUGGAAGUACGAGGAACAUGCAAACGGAGAGCUUUUACUACGAAAAGUCCAUCAAUGAGCCGGUGGUCCCCGCGCCCCUGAGGAUCAGCACGGCGCAACGCCGGCCGCCGACGGCGAUUUCCACGGCGAGGGUGCCGUACCCUGCUUCCACUUAUGAUAUGUACCAGGAAGUAGGACAGGGUCCGUACCGGGAAUCUAUCAAUAUUGGAUACCAGCCCAACAAUGGCUAUCGACCAUACAACCCGGACAACUUUUACCGACCGCAGCCGGGUCAGCUACCCCGAGCGGAGAGGGGACCUGAUGGACGGUUCUCUCCCGAGAUGGAAUAUCGCGGUUGA